GCACAGAGCCUGACACAGGGCUCAAUCCCAUGACCCUGGGAUUAUGGGAUUAUGGGAUUAUGACCUGAGCCGAAAUCAAGAUUUGGAUGGUCAACUGACUGAGCCACCCAGGUGCCCCUAUAUAUUCCUAUAUUUAAAAAAAAUGAUCAUGGUUUAUUAUUCAUUAGCACCUAUGAAUUUUUAAUAUUGUUUUGUUUUUGUUCCAUGUUAUUCUGAAAUGAUAUUUCAAAGAAUUGGGAAUGGAGCUUUUAUUCCCAAAUGUAGAUUUAAAAAAUAUUUUCAGAUAUUCUUAGUGUUUAUCAUACAUCAGUUUAUUAUUUUAUUUUUAUUCUCUUGCACUGAGGGUAAUUUUCAAUAACAACUCUCUUUGGGGGGUUAGACAGUUUUUGUUUUAAUUAGAAAGAUAUCUCCCUUGCUCUCUUAUGCUACUGUUGACUUAAAUAAUUAAGAAAAUAAUGGCUGAGUACACAUUUGUUCUUUCAAAAGUAAACAACUACCCUUUGUAAUCUAGAAAAGAACCAGCCUGUGGAUACCCAUGGCAUGUUUGCUCCAAGAAUAUUUCUCGUGAUGCGGGAAAUGGCAUUGGUGUCCUCCUGACCCUCAGGCCAAAAUACGUGAUGUAUCAUGUACAUGACUAGCUGUGCUUUGUCCAUGAGGGUGUCCAAUAAUAGCAAACCCAUAUGACAACUAAUCUUAGGAAACUGUGUCGUUAAUUUGAAAUAUUGCCCUGGGUAGUUCAACCUUGGCUAAAUAAAGAUGUUUUCUCUUAAAGUCAGUACUUUGUUGCCCUCAGCAGUUGUUCUAUAUUAGCCUGCCAAGAAACAUUAUCCCCCAUUUAUAGAAUUUGAUGGAGUGUCUCAGAAUCUCCUGGCAAUGGUCAACAUUUCAUCUGAAAGGAAGCAAAUAUACCUCUCUGGUGGAUAGCGAGGAGGGAGGACGUGCAGCUUAUUUUCAUCUUCAAACUGAGAUGUUAGGUUAAUUUUUAGUCUCCCUGGACUUUUCCACAUGGAAUAGUAUGGAAAGGACUGGGGAAAAAAAUCACUGUAAUUCAGCCAAGAACGGAGCAACACCAUCAUCUCUAGAGAAUGCACAGCAUUGCAGUCUAUCUCUCUCUGUACUUAUUGCUUACUAGGAGAGGGUAUAGACUUUGAAGUUUGUGGUUCCCUGUCUCAGAGUAUCUUUGUUCUCUCUGUCUGUGUCAAGUUUUGUGAACAUGCAUUUGACAGCUACUACGUGCAAGGCAGCGUGCUAGGUAGCCCUGGGGGUAUAAACGUGUAACCCAUCACCACCAUUAUCCUGCUGGAAAUUUGAAGGCUGCAUCCUAGAAGGGAGACCAGUGAUAGCCAUGGAAAUUGAUAGACAAGGUCUCCAGUGUCUUCUGUUUUUCUAAGAGAAAAAAAAAACUGUGAGGAGAAACAAAACCAUACAUUCUAUCAGUUUUCAUCUCUGCGCUUGAUGCCAUUAGGAGAAGAUUCAAAAGAGGUUGCCAGUAAGGUAGGUAAUUUUAGAGCAUCGAAACCAUAGAGAAAUGAUGCCAGACAGGCUGAGAGGUGGGAAGCACAAUGUAGAACGUCUGCAUGGCACCCACUGUGGUUAUGAUUAGAUAUGGGGAGCCCUAGUCAUUCCUAGUGAUAUCCCUAGGGAUUGUUUUGAUCCCUCUGUCUAUAAAAGCAGGGCCCACUCGUCAUUCAGAAUGAGCCAGAUAAGCCAAAUAUUCUAAGUGUUUUGAGCUUCUCAAGAAGCCAAGGAACAGAAGUUCAAGAAUCUGUGCUUUGUGUGAUAAUAUUUUAUAUCUUUCCAGAGAUUGAAUGAAAAAUGCCUAAUUAAAGUGAAUGCAACGAAUAGAAAGAGGUAUUGCUUGACCCCGGUACCAUGCAGUUACUACUCUGGGAAGACUAUGCAUGCACCUUUUAACAAAUGAGAGAAGGUGAUUCUUCUGAUACUCUAUUUGUUUAGUUUUCUAAAACCUUCUUCUAGAAAAAAGUACAGUUUGGAAAAUCAAUCAAGGUAGUUCAAAUGGAAGGUUUUCCUCUUGAUGCAAAGUGAUGAAGCCGAAGGUCGUUUUCUUAGGGGGAAAAAUAUCACAACUCACGCCAGAGCAUUUCAUUGAGAGUUCUUGUUGCUUGCGUUUUGAAAGUCACAUUGUCAAAAAGAGAAAUUUUGGAAGGGCAGGGAGGGGUGGGCCAAGAGCUGUGGCUCGCAUGUUGUCUAUAAUCAUGAUUUCUUUUUUUUUAAGAGCCUGUUUUUCUCGGCGGAUUAUGUUCUGAAAAUAGAGCACAAACAUGUAUUCUCAGGCUUGGCAGGGGCCAGCAUUUUGUUUACUGCUUGGGCUAAUGUUUUGUGAACAGGAACCUUUUCCCAGACAAUCCCAGGACUGAAAGGCCUCGUAAAAAGAGGUCAGCUGGUCCAGGCUCCAGCACCCUUUUCCCAAGUGGUCUUCCUGCCAACCGCUAGGGCCUCAUUUUCCAGUGGCAGCCCAGGCUAUGUCUGGGUGGUGUCCAAGCAACAGAAAAGCCUCCCUUCUCCUGCACUGGAAUCUUUCACACUGACUUCCCUUCUUGCUCUUCGUUCCUUCUGGGGUUUUCACGGGAUCUGUGCAAUUCCUCUUUCCUCUGAUAGCCCUUCAACUAUGAGAGAUCCGAAGGAAUGUCUUCCUGCUCCCACCUUACCCCCAAGCCACCCAGCCUUCUUCACCCGGUUAUAGUUCCUCCAUGUAUUUCAUGUGAUAAUUAAAGCCCUUCACCACUAACCGAACCCCCCCCUUUUUUUUAAGUUUAAAAAAAUUUUAAUUCUUUGUGAGAGAGAGAGCGUGCAUGAGUGGGGGGAGAGAGGGGCAGAGGGAGAGAGAAAAUCCUAAGCAGGCUCCACACUCAGCACAGAGCCCAACUCAGGGCCCAAUCCCACGACCCUGGGAUCAUCAUCUGACCCCAAAUCAAGAGCCGGAUGCUCAACCGACUGAGCCACCCGGGCGCCCCAUCCAUUUUACUUUUAAAAACUAUGAACAUGCUAUGUAUAUAUUAAAAUAAUGAACAUAUAAAAUAAUUCAAAUAGGAAAACAACCUAUAUGCAGCUAUGUGGACAAUAUAAAGGAUCUUUAAUCUUUUUAAGAGAGGUGUUUGUUGUGAUUAUUGAGGGAGAUAACGUUUGUGAGAGUGCCUAGCACACAGUAGGUGCCAAAUAAAUGUUUGCUGGAUUGGAAUCUAAAGCAAGCGUGUUUGACCAGACUACGACUGUUCCUUGAGAAGCUGCAGAGAACUACUUGGCAGUCUUUCCUGACCUUCCAUGAUAGCGUUUCUUGCUGUGGCUGAUUAUCACUGUUGUCCCGAGGGCAUUGGGCUCAUGACCCCACGGGUGUGUGUGCCUGCGUGUGUGCAGGAUGGGGUCGGUGCUGGAGGGACUGGAAGACAGUCCUAGGGAGAGCACAGCGAGCAGAGGGGAGAGAGGGCUUUGGUGAGGCUGAUGGAGGAGGCAGGGGAGAAAGGGAAAUUAGACUCCUUACAGAGAGCACCUGUAUGCUUUUCAAAGCACUGCCUCCCUUCCUUUCACUUGUUGAAACUGGGCAUGAAGUCAAGAUUAGAUGUGUCUGAUACAACUUUGAAAAGGAGGAUGAAAAUCUCUAGAGAUAGUAUGAAGCAUGUAAAAACCCAUGGAUGGAGAAAAGACUUCUCUUGAAGCAGACGGCACAGAUACAGCAUGUCCUGACUCAGAGAGAAAUACCUGUCGACUCCAGUGCCCAGCGCGGAGGUCACAGGAGGUCACAGGACUGCCCCUCAGCCUUAGAAGGAGGGAGCCAGUCAAGAACAUAAUUUCCCUGCCUUUUCCCCAGAAAUCUUAAAAACAGGACAAUGUCUUUUAAAAUCCUUCUUAAUACGGUUCUUAGUAAAAGUAGGAUUGUGACUUUUGUGUCAUAAGAGGCUAGAAUUCUAUUCUUGUUUUAUAAAUGGGAGCAUCUGUGCCUUGACUUCACUUCGUAUCACUUUUCGCGAAAUGCUGUCCCCUUUUCGCACCUCUCUCUUUGCUAAACAGGUUUUCUUCCUCUCUUUGUAAAGGUGCCUUUGUUUAAACCAAUGGAGUUACUUGCCUUUACUGUAAACACAGUGUCCAGUGACUCUCUUUAUUGUGGAGAGCCAGCAGCUUCACAGGAGGAAAAAAGUCUUGAAGGUCACUUUCUGAUGUUCGCAUUAUAAAAUAAGUCGUCAUGACUUUAAAAAAAAAACAAAAAUGAACCACCCACUGCCUCGGGGCUUAUUAGCCCAUUACAACGGAGUUCGGCUAACAGCUAGCGUUUGUUGAAUCAUAAUUGAUCUGAUAGAAUGUAAUCUGAUAAUUAGUAGCCUUGUAAAAAUAAAUACACUCGACUCCUGUUUCAUUUGCCCUUGAGGGCUCUACCGUGGUGGUUCCAAACUGUACCUUUGAAUUGGAGAAGUUGGGGCAGGUUCACAUUGCAGGCUGCGUGCUUCCUGGGGCAGCGUCCACCAGGUACGUGCACACACAGGAUGCCAGCCCGGCCCCACUUUCACCUGAAAUGCUGUGACCUGGCAGAGGGCUGUGUCCUUGCAUCGGAUUUUCAGCCGAGGAAAAGGGAAACCCGGUUGAAGCUGUAGGAACAGCUGGUUCUCAAGAUCAGGUUGUAACUGAGGGACACUUAGGUCAUGAUUGCCACCUGGAUGCUGUUCUCUUUCUUCACGAAGCCUCCCCAGCUUUCUGAGGAUGAUGUCCGGCUAAAAAACGAGAGAGACAAUUGCAGCGUCAGCCCCCUGGAGCCUGCAACCAGCUCCCUUCCCCCAGAUCACAAAAACAUGGAAAUUGAAGUCUCUGUUGCAGAAUGUAAAAGUGUUCCUGGAAUCACCUCUACCCCGCCUUCCAUGGACCACCCCUCCCCUUUCUACUCACCCCCCCACAAUGGCCUCCUCGCUGAUCACCAUGAAUCUCUGGAUAAUGAUGUGGCCAGAGAGAUCCGCUAUCUAGACGAGGUGCUGGAGGCCAGCUGCUGCGAUUCUGCUGUGGACGGAACUUACAACGGCACGUCGUCCCCAGAGCCUGGAGCAGUCGUCGUGGCGAGCAGUCGAAGCCCACCUGCCCACACAGCCAUCCAGCCAGAACUCACGGAGAGGGCAGUGGGCAGACAGGCCCCUCCUCACAUCGAGUUCAGCACAAGCAACUCUGACGCCAUGGCAGAGGGUGGAAAAGCCAACGGCCACUCGCCUGACCAGCCCCAAGAUCUGCGGGGGGACGGCCUCCAGGCACCCGCGAGCCCCAGCUCCUCCACCAGCUCGCGGUGCUCGGGCCGUGACGGGGAGCUCACGCUCACCACACUGAAGAAGGAGGCCAAGUUUGAGCUGCGUGCCUUCCAUGAGGACAAGAAGCCCUCCAAGCUCUUUGAGGACGACGAGAAUGAGAAGGAGCAAUUCUGUGUCAGAAAAGUGAGGCCUUCGGAAGAGAUGCUGGAGCUGGAAAAGGAAAGGAGAGAACUCAUCCGGAGCCAGGCCGUGAAAAAGAAUCCUGGCAUCGCGGCAAAAUGGUGGAAUCCUCCCCAGGAAAAAACCAUCGAGGAGCAGCUGGACGAGGAACAUCUGGAGUCGCACAAAAAGUACAAGGAGCGCAAGGAGAGGAGGGCGCAGCAGGAACAGCUGCUCAUGCAACAGCAGCAGCCGCCCCCAGCCCAGCUCUGCGCGGCCCCUGCGGCCUCCCGUGACCAGGCCAGCGCGGCAGAAAACGUAAAGGAGGACAUCGUCACCGAGCAGAUAGACUUCUCUGCUGCUCGCAAACAGUUCCAGCUCAUGGAGAGUUCCAGGCAAACAGUGGCCAAGGGCCAGAGUACACCUAGGCUCUUCUCUAUCAAGCCCUUUUAUAGGCCUCUGGGGUCAAUCAACUCAGACAAGCCACUGACCAUCUCGAGACCAGCUUCCGUCGGGGGCCUUCCAGAAGACAGUGGUGCAUCAGCAGCCAAGGGGCAGCAGAAAGCCAGCUGUGCCCUGGAGAGUCAGCCUGCGGGGGGAAGCCAGGGCAGCACAGCUCCUCAGGGGAGAGAAGGGCCCUACAGUGAGCCUUCCAAACGUGGGCCCUUAUCCAAACUGUGGGCAGAGGAUGGGGAGUUUACCAGUGCCCGGGCCGUCCUCACUGUGGUCAAGGAUGACGACCCUGGGAUCUUGGAUCAGUUUUCAAGGUCAGUCAAUGUCUCUUUGACCCAAGAGGAGCUUGACUCUGGUUUGGAUGAAUUGUCAGUGAGGUCCCAGGAUACCACUGUCCUGGAGACCCUGUCCAACGAUUUUAGCAUGGACAACAUCAGUGACAGCGGGGCCUCCAAUGAGACAACCAAUGCCCUCCAGGAGAAUUCACUGGCUGAUUUUUCUCUGCCCCAGACUCCACAAACUGACAACCCUUCAGAGGGCCGAGGAGAAGGCGUCUCCAAGUCCUUUAGCGAUCACGGUUUCUAUUCCCCUUCAUCCACACUGGGAGACUCUCCAUCGGUUGAUGACCCCUUGGAGUAUCAGGCUGGUCUCCUGGUGCAGAAUGCCAUUCAACAAGCCAUAGCCGAGCAAGUGGAUAGAGCUGUGUCCGAAACCAGCAAGGGUGGGACAGAACAGCAGGGACCUGGAACAACUCUAGAGGAAGCUGGCACUGGGGCUCCCAGUUCAGAGAAGCCUCAGAGCAUGUUUGAGCCGCCUCAGGUGUCUUCUCCUGUUCAAGAGAAGAGGGAGGUAUUACCAAAGAUUCUGCCUGCUGAAGACCAGGCACUCAGGGAAAGGGGGCCCUCCCAGCCACUGCCAGCCGUACAGCCCAGUGGCCCAAUAAACAUGGAGGAGACCAGACCGGAAGGGAGCUAUUUCAGCAAGUACUCAGAGGCAGCUGAGCUGAGGAGCACAGCCUCGCUCCUGGCCACUCAAGAGUCCGAUGUGAUGGUUGGGCCCUUCAAGCUGAGGUCAAGGAAGCAGCGGACUUUGUCCAUGAUCGAAGAAGAGAUCCGAGCAGCUCAAGAAAGGGAAGAGGAACUGAAGAGGCAGAGGCAAGUCUUGCAGAAUACCCAGAGCCCCAGGGCAAAGAACGCCCAAUCGCUGCCCUCCCGAACGUCAUGCUACAAAACCGCUCCAGGGAAAAUAGAGAAAGUCAAACCUCCUCCAUCCCCCUCACCUGAAGGCCCCAGCUCGCAGCCUGACUUAGCCCCCGAAGAGGCUGCCGGAUCCCAGCGGCCCAAGAAUCUGAUGCAGACCCUCAUGGAAGACUAUGAGACACACAAAUCUAAAAGGCGUGAGAGAAUGGAUGAUAGUAGUUACACCUCUAAGUUACUGUCUUGCAAGGUGACUUCCGAGGUCCUUGAGGCCACACGGGUUAAUCGAAGAAAGAGCGCACUGGCCUUGCGCUGGGAGGCAGGGAUCUAUGCCAACCAGGAGGAAGAGGACGAUGAGUAACAAACUUCCUUCCACCCAGGAAGCUUCUUUGGUGCUUGGGUUACCAAGAAACCAAGCAAUCAACACAUUGAAGCAUUUUAAUGGAAUAUUUAUUAAAGUGCAAACAAACUCCACAAUCCUUAUGUAGACCAGAAGCUGCAGUGACCAACGAUGAAAAAUAAAGUAAAAAGAAGCCUACCCAUCAAACUCUAUAAACACCCAGGAGUCAAAAGACAAAGGAUUUUUUGAGACUCAAAAGAAUCACCUGGAUUUGGACCAAUCCACAAUUGAUCCAAAAGGACAAAGCAGUAACAAGCAAAUCAACAUGGUUGCUCCAGGCGGAAUUGAGACCAGCCUCGCUGGGUGAUGACAAACAUUGGUGACAGGGCCAUUUAGAGCUGCACAGCCCACGCCGGUGCAAUCUACAGGGUGUUGGAGACUCCCGGCACCGGUUCCCUACCGUCGCUCACAGCAUCAGAGGUGUGGGAAUAACUCCGUUUACUCCAGCAGCCGUAAAAUGAAAUGCAAGUUUCUCUAUAUCUGCCAGGAGAGGCAAUUAGGAUUCCAUUUCUCUUACAUCUAAUUGUUUUUAAUUGGAAGCAAUUAAUGAUCGCAAUAUAUAAAAUCCACCUUCUUAAGACAAUGUUUCUUCAUGUUGCAAACACAAUCUAUUCUACAUGAGGGGGUUGAGAAAGAGGGAGAAAGCCAAACCAAAUGGAUUAUUUUAGCUUUAGGAUCUCGUCUGCUUGUAGUAUUGACUAAUUUGCCGUUUAUGAGAACACAUUUUCACAAUUAUGUUUCUUCAUAUGAAAACUAUAUUUAGUGGGCAACAACUAUUUUUAUGAUGGGAUGGGGGGAGUAUAUCCAUGUAUAAAAUCUGUACACAUCCAACAGCUUGGCUCAAGAUGGUGGGGGUAUUUUUAGAGUGGCAAUAAUUGAAAAAAGGGCAAACUCUGCCUUCGAGAGGCAGAUGACAGGAAAUAAAAAGGUGUUUAUAACUAUAUUUUAUAUUAUAAAGUGGACCUUAGUAGGAAGAAUGACAGAUUAUUUUGGAUCAAUCAGAAAGGAAUCAUUAAAGAAAGGACAUGAAGGUAGACAGAGAAACAGGGAGGGAGAACGUGGGAAAUUAAGGAAGUAACAGAUAUUAUUUUUGCUGAGCAACCAGCAUUUUUCAGAAUGAUAAAGAGAAAAAUAUAGAAUAGAAAUCUAAGUGCAGGCUUGGAAUCAGCUACAAAUCCUAAAGAUGGUGUGUGUGUGUGCGUGCGUGUGUGUGCGUGUUUGUGUGCAUGCGUGUGCGUAUGCGUGUGCGCGCCCGUGCGUGCUCAUGCACGUCCCUUUGUGUGUUUGGGUAAAGUGUGUGUGCAAGGAUUAAAAUUCCAGAAUGCUCAUGGGACAAGGGUGUACAGUUAUUUCCUCCAAAGCUGUUUGCCAGCGUCAGGAGUGAGAAUUUCUUUUUUAUGAAAAGGGAUAUAGAGGCACCGACCUGAUGCAGUAUUUGUAAUAUUAAAUUGACCUAACAUGGUAUUUGCAUGAGUCACAAUUGCAAAGUUUUGAGCAGUUUUGUAAUUUGACAUUUAGAGAAGUUACCGUAUUUAUUCUCAUGCUUUGUAUUCAUAGCUUAGUAUACUGUAAAGGAUGCCAGCUCUAUCUCACUGUCAUUUAAAGCAAUAUCAAAUGGGUAUUCAAUAAUUGGGUGCCCUGAAUUUCUGGAUGAGAAAAGUUUUUAAUUCUGGCCAUGAGAAAAAAAACUGACCAGCCUUUCUUUUUUCUAUUUGUUUUAAAACUAUGGUUUUUAAAAGAGCAAUAAUGAAGCCAGACCUCACUAAAAUUCCUUUUUGUUUUUAUACUGUUAUGUCAUAAGCUCUAAUAUGUUAUUCUGACAAAUAACAACUCCACAACAGUGUGUACGUAGAUGUUAGGCACAUUACCUUUGCUUCUUUUAAUAGUGUAGUGUUGACUUUAGGGGGAAAGUUUAUUCACAGGCAAGCGGUAGGCAUAAAGUAGAAAGGCAACCAUCUGAUAACUUACAAGGAUCCUUUAAAACUGCCAAAGGAACCUGCAAUUUGAAGCCAAAUUCUAGAGAUCGGUGGCUGGCACCAUCUUUAUGUGGUUUAUUCUCCUGAAUAUCGUGAAGGAAUAUUCAACAAAAUGUGCUAGCCACUGGGGACACAAAACAAGAUCCCUGCUGCAAGGAAUUCAUUUUCAAGUGGGGGAGGCUGGCAUGGAGACAGACAUUCCCAGGAAAAUGAGGUCUGUGUUAGACUAGAAGUCCUGACGGGUGAAAUGGGAGCCCCCAGGAAGGCUGCCUUGCCUGAGGAUUUUCAGCGUUCCCAUGGCAGGCAUGUGACUAAAAGAUGGGACAAGAGCUUCCUGUGGCUCAGGGGCACAGUGGCAGCUAGGAUGGCUGGAGAGCAGAUGGUUUUAUGAGAUGCACAAAAAAAGAAACAUGCUUCGUGUUUUCUGGACUAACUCUGAAUCUGGUAGAGAACACAGACUUGAUAUAGACUAACACUGUCUUUCCCAAGAGGAAACAGCCCUCAGGACCCACCUGACAUUGUUGUGUUUUGAAGGAAGCCGGGUCCCCACCCAUCUUAAACCUACAUUUGAGAAGAGAAUUUGCAGCUGAAUGGGAAGCUUAGGAGGCCACCCAAUUCGUGGAAUCUUUUGGAGGCAGACAAAUUGGGCUUUGACUACAGUUGACUGAACCAGAAGCAUUGCCUAGAGUUCUAGCAGGGAUCCUUUGGUCCUCGCUCCACGUGUAGAUAAGGCAACAAAUGCAGAGUUUCCGUGAGCCUCCCACAGUCACAGCGCUGCUUAACUGUGGCCCCUACAUCUGCAACAUUCGCUUGUACCCUCUGCUGCCUUCUGAGGACUGCUGUCGAUUUCCUUGGUCCACUCACUUAGAAUCCUAUUAAAAUGUAAAUUGCAGUUCCCUUGGAAGAGCCAGGUUUUCCCUGUGCUCUUGAGUUUUUUACCCGUUCAGAAAACAUCGGGCUUUGUCCACAGCACCGUGCCAGGCCCUGGGAUCCCAAAGGAACCCCUUUAACCUUCUGAACAUGCAACAGACCCCUGGAGGAGAGUCAUUACUGCCUAAUCCACCAAGAGGAAGAGGCCUGUCAAAGAAAUUGGCCUCUGAUGCUCGUCCCUGCCCCCAAAUAGCACGCAAGCUUGUUAAUCUCAACUAGAACAAAUGUUUAGAUUCUGUAGAUGUUAAAAGCUUUCCUGAAAGCGUUCCCUUCCACAGUGUUUAUAGAUGUUCACUUUCCUCGGGAGCUGAUUAACUACUGACAUGCCUUGGCUCUCUCAUCCAGAAAUUAUGGAAACAGGGUCUGUCAGUGGUAGGAGGCUGGGCUGUAGUCUACUCGGGUGACACAAUGCAAUUUCCUUGCCUCUUUACACCUCUGCAUGCUGCCCACCUUAGACAAUGACGUAUAAGCAGUAUAUAGAUCAGUGUCCACAUACAUACACAACACAACACAACACAACACAACACACACAUAUAAGGUGUAACAAGAAACACUAAGACAGUGUUGACUCUUGUCUCUGAAGACAAACAUUUUUCCAACUCAAGAAUGGAUGUAAUUAAACUAUGUAUUGAAAAAAAAAAUAGCCUAAGUGUUUAGAGAUGGUGAAUAUAUCCAGUUUUAGUGACAGAACCAAUUUCCUGAAUUUUAAGCAUUCAGUGAGUGAACUGCCAGCUUUGAUUUUGUGUUGCCCUUUACCCAAAUGACUUUUUUUUUUUUUUUUUGGAGGAGGGGUGGGGGGGAAACAGCAGCAAUACUGUGUUUGAAAAUUAUACUCUGUAUCUGGCUCUCCUGUGUAUGUUAACCACUUAAAUGUUAUUAUCCUGCUUCAGUUUUAUAGUGAUUGUGAGGCAUUCGAUGCAAGUAUACAAUUAUUUUCUCAUUAAAA